AUGGAGGAGGAAGUUCUACAGCUCUACGUUGGUUACUUAAAGAAGAUGAUUGCGAUGAGAGGGAGGAUGGAAUACAAGAAUGUAGUUGAACUCAGGAGCAAGGUCUCACAGUGGGAUGACUUCGGGGAAUUUGAAAAAUUUGCUUUCAGUGAAUAUGGUCAUAGAGUGAAGCAUUGGAUUACCAUAAACGAGCCUUAUGAGUCUAGCCUUGGUGGAUACGACACUGCAGAGAAAGCACCAGGAAGAUGUUCUAAAUACGUCAAUGAGAAAUGCGUUGGAGGUGAUUCUGGACAUGAAGUCUACACCUUAAGUCACAACUUGUUGUUGGCUCAUACUGAAGCUGUGGAAGAGUUUAGGAAAUGUGCAAAGUGCAAAGAUGGGAACAUUGGUAUAGUCCGGAGUCCAAUGUGGUUUGAGCCUUACGAGAAGAAGUCCAGCUCAGAGGAGAUAGUGAAGAGAGCUUUGGAUUUCACUUUAGGCUGGCAUUUGGAAUCAGUAACACAGGGAGACUACCCUCUGACCAUGAAAGAUAGCGUUGGUGCUAGAUUAUGA